AUGAAUGGGACGAUCGCCCUUCGCGGCCGACAUUAUAAAACUGUCAGGAGUAUAUUCCAAGCGCAAGGAUCCGUCGGAUGGCGUGAACUGGUGGAAGCCUUUCAGAGUAUGAGCUUUAAGGUAAAAGCCACAAAGGGCUCCGUUCAUAAAUUCAGUCCGCCUAGCACGAUUCCCGGGCGCGCUUUUACCUGGCACAAGCCGCACUCUUCGCAACUACGCCCGGAUCAUCUGCGAAUAUUGAGGGGAGACCUGUCCCAGCUUUACCAUUGGAGGGUCGAAACGUUCGUAAGAAAGAAGUGA